AGCUGUCAAAUCCAGCACCAUUUCUUCCGUGAUUCCCCACGCGGGUUGGCCUCGUCCAGUAACAAUUUCUACUUUUUACCGUCGGCCGCCGGCGUCAUUAGCCGGUGAGUUGUAAAUUCUACCCCAAUCUAACUCCUCGUCGUGGUGUAAAAAGCUUCCUCCCGGCUUUUUCGGAAGAGGGAAACGGGUGAGAAGAGGUAGAAAGCGAUAAAUAGGGGGCGGAUCGAGUGUGAACGAUGGCUUCCGGUCAAACCUCAUGGCUCCGACCCUCAAUUCCCUGCUCACCCCUAAACUUAAGCCUAAUCCUCUGUCGACCCCUAUUCCCCGCCAUGUGUCCAAUUCCAUACCUAAUUAGCGUUUCCGCUAGGGUUCUUCUUUUUUCCUCUGCUGUGAUUUACUCUGCUCUUUGUUUAGAAUCCGGUUGAGGUGAGGAGACAGGGGAAGAGGAGAGGAUGGAGGGGACAACGAGCGGAAGCGACGUGGAGUUGAUGUGUAAGACGCUGCAGUUCGAGCACAAGCUCUUCUAUUUUGAUCUGAAGGAGAAUCCGCGCGGCCGCUAUCUUAAGAUCUCUGAGAAGACCUCUGCGACGAGAUCCACAAUCAUCGUUCCCGUCAACGGCAUCGUCUGGUUUCUUGAUCUAUUUAACUAUUAUGUCAAUACGGACGAGCGCGAUGCCUUCAGCAAGGAGCUUAAGCUUGACGCAAAAGUGUUUUACUUCGACGUUGGUGAAAAUAAGAGGGGCCGUUUUUUGAAGGUUUCUGAAGCUUCAGUCAGUAGGAACCGCAGUACAAUUAUUGUACCAGCUGGAAGCUCUGGUGAGGAAGGUUGGGCAGCAUUCAGAAACAUUCUACUUGAAAUAAGCGAAGAAGCGUCCCGGUUCUUCAUGCCGAAUCAGCAACACCUUGAGUCCUCAGAACGAGUUCCAGGUCUUUCAGAUGAUGUGGGAGCUGGUUUCAUAUCAGGAUCAGGCCAUAGCAUUCAACCGGUUUCAGGUUCCGACUUAAAUGUUGAUAGAUUAGUUGAGCUUUCUCCACAGGAUGAAGUUGGGAGCAUGGGACUAUCCAAAGUUAUCAGAGCAGACCAAAAAAGGUUUUUCUUUGAUUUAGGAAGCAAUAAUAGGGGUCAUUUCCUGCGGAUAUCAGAGGUGGCUGGUCCUGAUCGCUCGUCUAUCAUCUUGCCCUUGUCCGCGCUGAAGCAAUUUCAUGAAAUGUUAGGUCACUUUGUGGAAAUAACGAAGGACAGGCUUGAAGGACUGACAGGCGCAAAUGUGAGGACUGUGGAGCCUUCUCAGAGAUGACUCCUUGGUCAGGUGCUUUCAGAUCA